CUUAUUAUAUCUUUAAUAUUAAUAUAAAAAAAGUUACCUAUAUCGGGUAGACAAAAACCACGUUUUUGCUAUAAAAUAAGUUGGUAGUUCCCCAAAAUGGAGUUUAUGCGCAUGCGCACAACUGCGGCUUGUUUGCAGCCUGGCCAAAUUGAUUAAUGAUUAUUAAAAUAUCACGAAACAAUCAACAGACAACAUUAAUCUCUAUUUACGUCUCGUCAACAGCAAAUUGGCAAGUUGUAAUUUUCGAACGCUGACAACAAUCAACACGUGACAACUUGAAUAACUUAUGACUUAUUGUUGCUGGCCAUAAAUAAUAAUUGAUUGCUGUUGUCAAGGUUUUCGUUUGUGAGACAAAUGGCGGCCAUGGCUCGCACCGUCGGACAAAAAUCAGUUGUUACAACCGGAAAUGUUAAGGUUAGACUUGUUAUCAAUGAUAAGUAUCAAAAUAAACUACGUGAAAUGUGUAAUAGUAUAUAAAUAAAUGAGUAUCCAUCAAUAGUCAAUAAGUAGUCAAAAGCAAUCUAUGGUAGUGAAAUUAUACCUGAAAAAGAAGAAUGAUAAUCCAAAAAAACAUUAUCGUAAGAUUUUUUCUGAAAUUGCAACUGAAUUAGGUAUUGAAAUAACUAGAGUUCAGAAAAUUGUAUCGAAGUAUAAAUUUACCAUCCAAAAUGUGAACAAUUAUCAGAAAAUGAAUAAUGAAUUAAAUGAAUUUACUAAAAUAACAAUAAGACAAACAGUUCAUUCGUUUUACAUUAACCGUAAUCUACCAACAGUUGGAAAAGUGUAUGAUACUGUUAAAAAUAUGAGGAACUUGCCGUUUUCUAAUAAAAUUUCUUUUAAUAAAUAUCUUAAAAGUUUGCAUUUUAAAGAAAAUAAAAUGAAAACAAACAGUCUUGCAGUAACUGAAAGAAGCAAGAUAAUCCUUUGUCGCAGAAAUUAUUUAAAAAGCAUAAUGCAAUACCGCCAAGAAAAACGCACUAUUUACUAUUUAGAUGAGACUCAGAUUGAUUUAGAAGAGAAGAAAUAUAUUUUUAGUACUUCCUUUAAGAUUCCAAAUAAAAUGUUAACAUUGCUACACAUUUGCAGCAGUAGUGGAUUUGUUUCUGAUGGCCUACUGUGUAUUGAAUCAACCAAAGAUAGCCCAAGCAUAUCCCAAGAUAUGUUUGCAAAGUGGUUUGAAAAUAUAUUAAGGUCUUUAGAUCACAACGCUGUCAUAGUAAUGGAUCAAAAUCAUUGUCAUUCAAUUAAACUCGAACAAAUACCUGACAUACAUUGGAACAAGCCAGACAUUAUCAAUUGGCUGGAAGAUAAACAAUUACUAAACCAACGAGACAAUAUGGUAAAAGCUGAACUUUUAGACAUUGUAAAAAAGCACAAGGAAAAGUAUAGCAAGUAUUUAGUCGACGAAAUGGCCAGGAGGCAUUCGAGAAGAGUGCUGAGACUUCCUUUAUACCAUGGUGAAAUGAAUCUUAUGAAAUUUGUUUGGAGUUUAGUAGAAAAUCACAUUGGUAAUAAUACUACCUCGAGAGAUAUUUAUGAGCUAGUGUCUGAAGCGUUAAAUUUUAUGACUGAUGAUAAAUGGAAAUGUUGUAUGGAUGAAGUGCUUCAAAAGGAAAAUUCAUUCUGGGAAUUAGAUAAUGUCAUGGAUGAAGUAUUGGACAAUACGGGGUUUUUGACAGACAAUUGUUCAGAUACCUCUUCAGACUUUGAAGACCUUUAAGAUUGCUUCCCUGGGUAAUGCAUUAAUUGUUUUAUAGGUCCCAGAUACUUAAUAGUGAAAUAAGUCUAUUUGGAUUUACUUAAAUGUGUUCGGAAAACACAAUUUGACAAGUAAUAGAUUUACAAUUUAUCAUUCCUAUCUGUACAUGGUUUAUAAUUGGCCUGGCCAAUACGAUACUACUUAAAUCUUAACUGUGUAUAAUUUUUUUGUUGAUACAUUGUGUUAUUAAAAUGUUUUAAUAGACAACAUUUGUAAAUAUAUACGUUUAAUAAGUAGUAUAACUAAAUAAUUAUUUUCUGGAUCUGUUUUUUACCUUACUAAAUAUUAAAACUAUAUUAUUAUUGUUUAUCUAUA